AGAUAAACUCGCGUUAUGAAUUUUUAAGUGUUUGAAAUAAGCGUGUUUUACAAAUAGUUGCAUUUUGCCUUAUCAAUCUAGCACACUAUUAUCAGAUAAUCUUUGGAACCAAGUUCAAGUGAAAGCAAAGCCCAUUUGUUAAUGACCUUGGAGGCAAUUUGCACAAUCUGUUCAUUCAACAAUAUUGUGAUAAGCAGAUACAUUUGUAUCUCGUUGCUCUUCUUGUGUAUCCUACGUAAAUACGCCUCCAUGACAACCAAGCGAAAGCAAAUUAAAUCAAUUUAGUCAAAACGAGAGCUGUGAAAAACAAAAAUCAGCUGCUUGCAGUGCGAGCCCCCAGCAAGGGAGACUUGUUUCCAUGCCCGUCUACGACGACUGGUUGCCAUCAUUCAGUCAAGAGCGAGCAGUCGAUCGGAUCUGGACACCAGUCAGCCGGAGCACACAUACUCGCGAUCACAAUAUAUAAAAAACAGCGGCAUAAUGCCAAUUUUCUCAAAAAUGAUGCUAUUUCGCGGUGUGGCAAGACGUCAGUACAGCGCUGUGGCUCAAACUCAGUUGAGGGAGAUCCUGGGCACCCAGCUGGCCGGGAUUAAGGAGGCGGGCACCUUCAAGGCAGAACGAAUCAUCACAUCUUCGCAGAGCACCCAGAUAACAGUUCAGGGCAGCGAUAAGAAGAUACUCAACUUUUGCGCCAACAACUACCUUGGACUAGCGAACAAUCCGGAGAUAGUGGAGCACAGCCAGAAGCUGCUGGAGCAGUAUGGCGCCGGCCUGAGCUCAGUGCGCUUCAUUUGCGGCACGCAGGAUAUACACAAGCAACUGGAGCAAAAGAUAGCCCAGUUCCAUGGACGCGAGGACACCAUUCUGUAUGCCUCCUGCUUUGACGCCAAUGCCGGGAUCUUCGAGGCCAUUCUCACGCCGGAGGAUGCUGUGUUCUCCGACGAACUGAACCACGCCUCGAUCAUCGACGGCAUCCGGCUGUGCAAGGCCAAGAAGCAGCGCUAUAAGCACCGGGACCUGAAGGACUUGGAGGAGCAGCUCAAGGCGAGUGAUGCUCGGCUCAAGCUCAUCGCCACCGAUGGCGUGUUUUCCAUGGAUGGAAACAUCGCACCUCUGGCCCGAAUCGUUGAGCUGGCCAAGAAGUACAAUGCCCUUGUGUUUGUGGAUGAGUGCCAUGCCACGGGAUUUUUUGGCGCCACGGGACGCGGAACCGAAGAGUACGACAAUGUCAUGGGUGAGGUGGACAUCAUCAACUCCACGCUGGGCAAGGCUCUGGGUGGAGCUUCCGGUGGAUACACCACUGGUCCCACGGAGCUGAUCUCGUUCCUGCGCCAGAAGUCCCGGCCGUAUCUCUUCUCCAACACUUUGCCGCCAGCAGUUGUGGCGGUUGGUCUGAAGGUCAUGGAUAUGCUCCUUCAGUCCAGCGAGCUUACGCAGCGAGUCCAGAGCAACACGCAGCGUUUCCGGACGGCCAUGACCAAGGCGGGCUUCACCAUAGCCGGCGAGAACCAUCCCAUCUGCCCCGUGAUGCUGGGCGAUGCUCGCCUCGCCUCCAAGUUUGCGGAUGAGAUGCUGACCCGCGGCAUCUAUGUCAUCGGCUUCAGCUACCCAGUGGUUCCUCAGGGAAAGGCCCGCAUCCGCGUUCAAAUCUCUGCUGCCCACACUGAAGCCGAAAUCGAUCGGGCCAUUGAUGCAUUUAUUGAAGUCGGUCGCUCUCUAAAAGUAAUCCAGUGAAAAUAUUGAACUGGGUUCAGUAUUGAAUAUUGCAUUUAUAACGAUUAAUAAACACUACACUUGCCUUUAAAAUUCG